UUAGGAAACAAGAUGGCAGACGAGUUUGAAGUAGUAAAGUGACUUUGGUACAAGAUUUUUGACUCCAUGAGUACCAUGAGAUCGUUAUCAAAUUUGCAAAAGUCUUACCAGGUUUUUCAACGCCCCCUAGGUGUCUUACGAUGUGGAGGGGUAGAUCGGUCUUUGUCCAGUCAAGUUGAUGAUUCAAAAGAGCAUGACCUAAUAGGACCUCCACACUCAGUAUCAAACCUAAGAAAAGUUGUUUUUUCCAAGAAAACCAAUGAAACAAGAAAAGAGCAAGAACUUCGACUUCAUAAGCAAGCAUCUUACAAAUGGCAGCAUACUUUCUGGGCAGAACACAAUGAUAACUUUAAUAAGUCCAAAAAGAAGUUUCUAGAGGAAAGAAAGAACACUGAAAAUGAGAGUGACAAACAGUUCGCUGAUGACCUGUCAAUAUUCUAUAAAGAUUUUCUUGACAAAAACUACAGUUUACACAAGAAAUUUCUUUGGGAAUGGUACAAGAAGAACUUCAAACUGCUAUGGCCAUCAUUUACUGUGCUAGUUGAAAGGUUGACCAAGUCAGUUCAAGGUAGAAAUAGAUAAAAACAAAGAAACACAAACAAGUUUAUUGUAUAAAGUAAGAUAUCAUAAUUAUGAUAAAAUGAAGAAUUCAGAGAAUUCAGCUACAAGAAUUCAGCUACACCUUUAAUUAAAUUGAACAUUCUCUCUCAAAUAGGAAUAGAAUAAUAGUAAACAAGUAAAGAAAAUACAAACAGAAUAUUGAAUUUUUAUAGAAUGUUGAUGACUUCUUAGUUGUCAGACUUACUUUCAGUACAAACAAUGCAAAUGUAAGAGAUCUGUGAGUAUUGGAUGUAGUGAAAAUAGUUUGAAACCUCAUAAGCUUUAUCACUGCAUUACUGCAUAUUUUACAUGCAAUUGAGGCUGACGCAUUCCAAAAGAGAUAGCGACACUCAAUUAUUGAGUGACGACCUCUUUUGUCAUAAACACCCCUGUCUGGUCACCACUUUAGCUAGCGAAAAUUAAUUGUUAAACGAGCUGAUGGUGAGAUUAAUGAUAUAGCUCGGUAAUCUUGCUGAGUGCCUCACUUAAACAUUUUUAACAACAGAGUAAUAAGGUGAGAUUACUGUAAUUAUUUAUGCACUCCUUUGAAUAAUUGAUUUUAUCUCGAAGCACGUAACCACACUAUGCUGUGCUGUUAAACUCCAAAAUAAAAUUAUAAGUGAAAAACUAAUAUACACACAUCUCCAUAUCAUCAUCAUCAUCAUCAAUUGAAAUCUGUCAAGAUUCUCAUUGAAACAAAUUCAACCAACAGGUUUUAUCAGCUAAUUUGAUUUAUCCACAUUAUGUUGAUCCCUAUAUAUAUAGAAGUAUAAGUGAUUUAUGUUCAAAUGUCAUCUUGUCACUAGGGACGCUAAGCAGCCUUACUGGCAACUAUAUGGUGGGUACAAAACAAUGGUCUAAUUGCAAUAUUCAAUUAGUACAUCAGCUCUCUAAAGCAAUGACACAUUUUCUGUAAAGGAAAUGCAUUAAAAUUCCAAAUUUCAGUCUGUCAAUAACAAGAGCUUGUGGAAGGAUAUUAUAUUUUUAUUUUGAUAGAAUAUUCUUUCAAUUGUUAUUUUUUUUUGUACAAAAAUGAGUUACCAAAAUAAAUGGCAUUGCUUGGUGCUUUUAAGACCAUUGUUCCCCCUGUAGCCAUCAUGGCUGCCAAGGGUCCCUGGUGACAUCAGUAAUGAGAUUACAUUUGAAUUCUGAAAAAUGCAAGUUAACGGUGUUGUAAAUCGGUUUUAUGACAUAUAUUCAGAAGUGAAAGCAAGAUAAAUAAAUGAAAAAGAAAACUUCUA